AUGGAUAAAUAUUUCAAUCGACGUACCCUUGAACCAAUCACUGAGGAGAUCACACCAACAGAUCAUGACAUCCUACGUCAUGGUGGCACAUCUUCCAAUAUAGAGAGACUCCCCUCUCGAGUUCAACGCUCGAAGCUAUCAUCGCCAGAUGCCAGACAAAAGAUCGAAGAUUUGGCUUAUGAAGUGAGCUACCUGAAAGCCGAGAUGCAAUGGGAGAAGGAAAAUAAGCAGAUAUUUUUGCAAUUUCAUCAACGAAUGUUUGAUAUUUUUCGGGCUAUGGAAGACGCUCUUACACAAACAUGUAUACGAAUGGAAGAGUCAGAGAAACGAUAUCUUGAUCUCUGGGAUAUUGAGGAGCCGAGUCCAGCGGGGGGUUUUAUCUAA